CCGUUAGAGGAGAGAGGAUAUUGAUCGAGUAAUAAAAAGGAAACGGCCGGACAAAUCAAACAAAAACCAACAAGCAAGGAGAGAGAGGGUGGCAACGCAGCAACCAACUGGGGAAGGGGAAGGGCGAGGAAGACCGCGUCGUGUUCCUCGUCCCGUCUCCUCUCCUCUCCACCCCCUUCGCAUUGCUCCUGACUUCCGAUUAGAUCAAGAAAAAAGGAGGAAGGGAAGGAAGCGAUGGGGUGCUUUUCCUGCUGCGGAGCCGAUGAUGUUGGCAAGAAAAAGAAGCGCGAUGAUCCUUAUGUUCCGGUCCCUGCCCCAGGGGGUAACUAUGGUUAUAACCGGGGGCCAGCACCAACCAAUGCCAUCCGUACCAGUAGAAGCCAGCCAAUUGAAGUACCAGCCAUUCCCCUAGACGAAAUUAAGGAAAUAACCAAGAACUUCAGCAGUGAUGCUGUUAUAGGAGAGGGUUCAUACGCAAGAGUUUUCCUUGGUGUACUGAAGGAUGGCAAGAAAUCUGCAGUGAAGAGGCUUGACUCCAGCAAACAGCCUGACCAAGAAUUCCUUGUGCAGGUCUCGGCUGUUUCAAGACUCAAGCAUGACAAUGUGAUCCAACUUCUCGGGUACUGUGCUUUAGGGAGCACCCGUAUUCUUGCUUAUGAGUAUGCAACAAGGGGCUCCUUGCAUGAUGUUCUCCAUGGUAAAAAGGGCGUCAAGGGAUCCCAACCAGGACCAGUCCUAUCCUGGAUGCAGCGGGCGAGGAUCGCUGUAAGCGCCGCAAGAGGGCUCGAAUUCCUCCACGAGAAGGCAGAGCCACCUGUCGUCCACCGUGAUAUCAAGUCCAGCAACAUACUGCUCUUUGACAACGAUGUUGCAAAAAUAGGAGAUUUCGAUGUGUCUAAUCAGGCCCCUGACAUGGCUGCACGCCUUCAUUCUACACGUGUUCUUGGCACCUUUGGUUAUCAUGCUCCUGAGUAUGCAAUGACUGGGCAGCUAAGCGCAAAGAGCGAUGUAUAUAGCUUUGGAGUGGUGUUGUUGGAGCUUUUAACUGGCCGCAAACCAGUUGAUCAUACACUUCCCCGUGGCCAGCAGAGCCUUGUGACAUGGGCUACACCAAGGCUAAGUGAAGACAAGGUGCGGCAAUGUGUAGAUCCAAAGCUUGGUGUGGAUUACCCUCCAAAGGCUGUCGCCAAGAUGGCUGCAGUGGCUGCCCUGUGCGUGCAAUACGAGGCAGAUUUCCGGCCAAACAUGAGCAUCGUCGUCAAGACUCUGGCCCCGCUGCUGAACACCCGGACAAGCAACCGACCUGCCGGCUCGGCCGCCGUCGCCGUCGAGUGAUCUCCAACCGACUGCAUUCGCACGAUUGCGAAGAUCUGGUGAUGCUUAGGGCGUUUUGCCCUGGCUUUUGCGGCGUGGUGUUGUACAUGUCAACAUGUGUGGUGAUGUGAGGUGAGGUUUGGUGUGGUCUGGUGUGGUGGGAUCUCAUUUUCUUCCUCCUUGAUGGGGGCUCGCGCUGUUGUACGUUAGGCAGGCAGGCAUGGUGGCCUCUCGACCUCUCCUAGUGAGCAAAGCAAUGGACGAUGUGCUUCUUGCUUGGUCA